CUUUACUUAUAAAAAACAUUAGGUCCACACCGAGUUGAAGAAGGAGAACAUGGUUGAUAGCUAGAUCCAACAAUAUUUGUCGAUAUGAGUUGAAGCAUUCUUGAAGAAUCUCACAAAAUGGCAACAGUAUUAGAUACCAUUUCUUUUAAUGAAAAGAAGAUUCAAGAAAUUGUCAAGAAAACAAAGGAGCAUGCAUUAUUACAUGGUAUAGUUAUGCGGACAGAAGAAUUGCCGGCCAGUUCAGAGAAAGUCCAGUAUGCUCCAUUUGCCCUUUUCCCGUCCCUGGUUCCUCGAAAGGCUCUAGUCAAAGUGAAAGAUAUACAGCCUCAUUUUAAUAAAAUGAUGCACAUGGUUGCAUACGAUAUGGAAUUUUUACAGAGGUGUCUAAGCAAUGUUGUAAAAGUUGAUGACUUCAACAAGCGUCUAUGGGACAUUUUACAGGUAGUAACAGAGGAAGGUAUAGCACAGCCUAUAAGUCUUGGCUUGUUUCGUAAUGACUUUAUGAUGGACAUGAAAAAGGGGGCCUCGGUUGACCCUGCGAGUCCAGCUUCAAUUCCUGAUAGUAUACAGAUGAAGCAGAUCGAGUUCAACAUGAUAGCGUCUAGUUUUGCUGGUCUUGUAUCACCACUGUACGAUGUACAUCGGUAUUCCCUGACAUUGGCUGGAAAACAGUUUGAUGAUUUACAAGUACCUUCAAAUAACCCGGCCAAAGAGCUUGCCAAAGGAUUGGUGGAAGGAUGGAAGGCAUAUGGAAACAAAAAGGCAUGCGUCGUGUUCCUUGUGUCCGAUCCUGAACGGAACACACUUGACCAGCGACGUCUGGAUACAGAAAUGUUUUUAUGUGACAGAACUGUUCCUGUGAAAUAUGUCACUUUAAAAGACAUGACUGAGAGAGGGACUAAAAGGAUCAGUGAUAAAACCUUGGUCAUAGACGGCUGUGAGGUGGCUGUGGUAUAUUUCCGUACAGGAUACACUCCCGAGGACUACAGAUCAGACAAGGAUUGGGAUACCCGGUUGAUGAUCGAGCGGUCAAAAGCAAUAAAGUGUCCGAGCGUCCAGUACCAGUUGGCAGGGACAAAGAAGGUCCAACAGGAGCUUUGUCGUCCUGGUGCCGUGGAGAGAUUUAUCAAGGAUGCUGAUGUAGCAUUAUCUAUCAGAGAGACAUUUGCUUAUCAAUACAGUCUUGAUAUGGGUGAGGAUGGAGAUGAUGCUAUAGCAAAAGCCAUUGCAGAUCCUCAGAACUAUGUUCUUAAACCCAACAGGGAGGGCGGAGGAAACAAUAUAUAUGGUGAUGACAUCAAACCAUUCCUUACCAAAAUAAAGAAUUCCAUGGAACGGGCGGGCUAUAUCCUAAUGGAGCGUAUCCAGCCCUGGCAACAGAAGAAUUAUCUGAUUAAGUUUGGACUAGAGGUCAGCCUCCGAAACAUUGUCAGUGAAAUAGGCAUUUAUGGUGUUUAUCUGGGUACUGCAGACACCGAGAUAUACAAUAGCUUAGCCGGACACUUAGUAAGAACGAAGACUGUCGGAACAGACGAAGGUGGACUUGUGAUUGGAUUGUCCUGUCUGGACACACCAUUCCUCAUAGACUAAUUUAUACUGUUGAUACAAAUCAUUCUUGUUACAAUGUACACAUCUUUGUGGCUGAUUUGUAAAAUUUUGCCUAAAUUCUAAAUCACUGGCUAUAGAAAAGUUGGACAACCAUAUUUAUCCACAAAUAAGCUCCCAUCUUCAUUUUUGCAGAAUCAUCAAUUUUAAAAUAGCUUAAAGUGGUUCACAAAAAAAAAAAAACUCACAAACAUAAUAUAAGCACAAAACUCUUAUUUAAGGGGGGGGGGUU